AAAUUCCAAGAAUUUAUUUGAAGUUCUUUAACAAUUGUAAUAAACCAUCUGCCGUUAAAAGGAUUGCACCUGGCUUAUUAGGGUAACGCGGAUUAGCCAGGUUUUAAAAUUCGCGAAAUAUCAUCGUUGAUCUUACCUGUGACCUGACCAAAGGUUACUUAUUAGCGCGAUUGGGAUUACCGGCCAAUUGGUAGGUAGAACUUAAGAGUGGGUUGCCUCUUCUAGCAGGUAAAUUCGCGAACUAUAUAAACUUGCGCCACAACUCAGCAGGACAUCAGUUCCUUUUUGACACUCCAACCAUGAAGUACCGCAUGUUGAACAAACGUAAGCAGGCGACACCUUCGCCAGUGAGAGACUCCGGAGUAGAAGACGUAUCCUUGGUCAAUCACAGUGCCUUGGAAUUGGAGGCAGCUUCUGCUUUGUUGCUACUACGGUAUCAAUACGAUCGGCAGGCGUGCAACAAUAUUAUUUCAUACACUGAAUCCUGUUCUCCAACUCCUCCCCCUGCCGUGGCUGAUAAUACAACACCCAAGGAUCAGACAGUUCGUCCACCCGUCACCAGCCAGCCAUUAAAGAAACGCUCUAUACCGUCGCACCUCCUUAGAAGAUCUUUGACACCGGCUAAAUCAGAGAAUUCGGUUAUCAAUAAGUCUAUAGUCAAGGCCAAAACAAGGACUCCAGUGCCCAGUAACGAGCGGAGCUGCAAUAAGGCUCUGCUUAAGUCCUGCAGGAAUAUGAUUCGUGAGUUUUUGGACAAUCAGGAACUCAUCUAAAACCAAGUAACCAAGUGCCAAAAUAUUUCUAGAAUAAGUACAUUUUAUAAUUUUAUACUUUUGAUUCAAGAUUUUACAAAAAGUUAAAGGAAAAAAGU